AUGCCUUUGGCGGCCCAGACACAACUAGGACUCUCGCAGCAAGGUAUCCUCCAUAUCUCCAAGACCCUCGAACAGCAAUACAGCCGCUUGUGCUGGCAAUCCCCUCCAAUACCUCGUCGUCGGCUCGGGCGUAACAUGUCCCAGCAAGGUAUCACGGAUCUUGAAGACAUCCUUGAAAACGAGGAUUUUUACUUUCAUUGGCGUCCAGGAAACGGAAACCCGAUUGACUACUUUCUCGAGGAAAAUAGUCAGGCAGGAAUGUUUGCAGACUUCUCAAAAAGCAAACACAGGUCUAUGUACGUCUACCUAUCUGAGGAGGGUUUGUUCCACAUCUUCCAUGGGCACGAGGACACGAGUCGUAGGGUCCUUCAUGCAUUGGAAUCGGUAAAUGAAGCGACCGUUGAGGACGCUGUCCAAAAGGUUCUGAGGUGCAAGGGGUUGUUGAUCAGUAGCUUGCUCUGUCCUGUUCGAACCCAUCGGUGCAUAAUCGGCUAUCAACAAGGUGCCACUAUAAAUGUUAGAAUCCUCGAGUCAGUUCAGAACGAAGGGACCAUCUGUACCAAUGGACUCGUGCUUUACCUGUUGGCAUAUGACACCACUAAGGAACAUCCGAGGGCUCGAGCGUUCUUAUCUAGAUCCCGCGAUGAUGAGAAUAAUGAUAUCUUUACCGAGGAUGACGAUGAUGCUAAGCGAAAGUUCAGCACCACCCUGUCUGCGGCUGCGAAACGUGUGCAAGGUGAAGCACCACGUACUUCUGUGCCCUCGGGGGGCCCUAGCUCUGGACCAGCUGCCUCGAACGAUGAGUCAGACACUUCAGAUACGCAAAGAGCGCAUGUCACUAGCGUCAACUGGAAACGAAGCUUUAAGAUACUGAAGAAUCUCGAGGUUGUUUCGAUGGAACGUUCUCAAGUUCCGGUUCGACACCGCUUGUCGGAGCAGCGGGAUGAAGAUGGAUGCCUCCAAUCGGCCUUGGUUCUUUCAACACAUAAACUGGAUUAUCCAUUCCGAGUUCGAAAAGAGAAUCUAACGAGAGCCAAAUCCCUUGGAUACGAAGUUGUUGGUGUUCAUGCCUCAACUGCAACGCAUUCCUGGAAAGUCAUGUCAACAGGUCCAAAUAUUGUCGAAGCCGUCAGACAUAUUGUGAUCGUGAUAUGGUCGGGUCCGAGAACCUUACGCGUGUAUGCCUUUCCAUAUGACUACACAAAGGAGGCCCGACAAGUUCAAGCCAACAAGCUCAUGGGCGUUAGAAGCGCCUUCCAAAGUUUGUAA